AUGUAUUUUGUUAUUCUGCAGAACUGUCACCUAGAAAGUCAAGAACAAAACCCCAGUCAGUCUACGACAAUUAGUGCUCCGCCACCACUCACCCCAAUAAAUAUCUUGAAAUCGGCGGGAGUGCAAACCACUACCCUUCCGAAACUUCAGAGAAUCCCCCGCCCCAAGGAUUCUCCGUUUCAACAAGAAACUCAUGAUCCUGGCAUAAGCUCUAUUCCCGAUCUGCCCAAGCUCACUCCCAGACCUCUACAGUUGCCCGAUAAUCCUGCACCAGCAGAAGAGUCUUCCACUGAGACUUCUACCUGUGAAACCGGCAAGUCUUUGGUUGGUUCGGUCACUAGCUGGUUACCACAUAAUGCCAAGAUAGUAGUUAACUUAGAACAGACCGCUGAAGAACCGUUCGAGGUUUCCAGACCCCAAUACGUCGAAUUUUUGGGCGGCAGAAAAUUUCUUGUCAUUCCAAAGCAUAAUUUUAUGUCAGUAUCGCCUACUGUAGCAUCGACAGCUAAUAGGCGAAACAUCGAGGACAACCUGGAUGAUCUAGAAACGACUACUGUAGUGAUCGAUUCUGCUAGGUUAGAUCCAAAUCCUAUUCCAGAAGUGAAAACUGAGCCCGAUUCUUCAUUCAAACCCGAAAAUAUCGAAUCCAUACCUGACAGUUCCCACUCGUCCGAAAUGGUGGAAGUUAAUCGUACUGCCAGCGAAUUUGUCGUCACCCUGGGAGCAGACGAAAAACCUGGUGAAGAUGGAAAAGUUGUGGAUAAGGAGCCUGAGUGA